GUCCACUGUUACGACGGCAGAAACACCACAAUAUGCCUUCUUCGCCUCGCAAACACCGCCGACACAGCGCAUGCCGCAACCCUUUUCUAGGGCCAUAUUCUGACGAUGAGGAUUUGGCCUGCCUCACCUGCGUCCCGCCUCCCGCGUCUUCCCUUCCCCGCCAAGAAGAAGGAAAAGAUGAUGAUGAAGAAGAAGAGGAUACCGGUGCUCUUGGGUUGCUCAGUGGCUCAUAGCCAGCGAAGACUCAGGCACCCGCUGAUUUGGCCUCCCGGGUUGGUGGCGGUAGCCCUAUUGAUGAGCAGCUCUACGCUCAUCUGAUGGAUACGUCCCAACUUUGGGGGAUUGUCUCUCCAGGAUGUACUAAGUCGGUA